GCCUACCUCUAAAUACUAUUGUGAAUACAACUAUAAAAUAAUCGAACUUUAUCGAUAAAAAUGCAGUUUGCAACAUUCUACUCUAAUCAGCUGUGCAUUUAUAAGUUUGUAAAUUUGUGUUCGAAUGUUUACUUUUUGUCAGGCAUAUGCAUUAAAAAUAUUUGUAUCUGGCUCUAUUAAUUCAAUUGUUUGAAAAUGAAUCACGUCUAUAAAAUUACAAGGUCUUGUAAAUAUUUUACACGUUGUUCGAGCAAUAUAACAAAUGCACUUGCUGAUUCCACUAUAUUUAGCUUAAGUUCAGGCUAUGGCAAGUGUGGAGUCUCUGUAAUUCGCGUUUCUGGACCGCGUACCAGUCAUGCUCUACAAACAUUAGUCGGUAACCGGCAUGAAUUAAAAGCUCGUUAUGCAUAUUUAAAGUCUAUCUAUCAUCCAGUUACUAAAGAAAUAAUUGACAAAGGUUUAGUGCUUUGGUUUCCAGCGCCAGCUUCUUUCACCGGUGAAGAUUCAUGUGAAUUUCAGGUGCAUGGCUCUUUGGCUGUAGUAGCGGCAAUGUUGGAUGCGUUAGGCAAAGUGCCCGGUCUGCGGCCAGCAACGGCUGGUGAGUUCACUAAACGUGCAUUUUAUGGUGGCAAAAUUGAUUUAACUGAGGUGGAAGGUUUAGCUGAUCUAAUACAUGCUGAAACAGAAGCACAACGAAAGCAGGCAAUGUUACAAAGUACAGGCGCUCUUUCACGUGUUUAUGACAAUUGGCGCAAACGACUCAUACGUUGCGCUGCGCAUUUAGAGGCUUAUAUUGAUUUUGCCGAAGAAGAAAAUAUUGAGGAUGAUGUGGUGUUACAGUUAACCAAAGAGUUGCGUCUUAUCAUAACCGAAAUAACUGUCCAUUUAAACGAUCAACGUCAAGGUGAAAUGCUGAGGAAUGGUGUGCGUACCGCUAUUGUCGGUGCACCAAACGUUGGCAAAAGCAGUUUCCUAAAUAUGAUUUGUCAGCGAGAAAUCGCCAUUGUAACGCCAAUAGCAGGCACAACUCGUGAUAUCAUAGAGAGUACACACAAUUUUGGUGGCUACCCCGUUGUUUUUGCAGACACAGCCGGUUUGCGUAAACACACGAAGGAUGUUGUUGAGUUGGAAGGUAUAAGCAGAGCAAAAGAAUGCUUGCAGAAUUCCGAUUUAAUACUACUACUAACAGAUGCACGCGAAUUGCUUCAAAAUAUUUCCACUAACGAGCAAUCGGCACAAAAUUAUCAGUCUACCUAUUUACAACAAUUAGACUUGGAUGCCAAUAAAUUAGUUGGUAAGCGUAUACAACUGAUAGCGAACAAAAUUGAUUUACUCUCAUCGGCGGAACUGCAAAAGUUGACGCAAAUUGAUAAUGUACUGACAAUUACUUCCAAACAACCAUCAGCCGACGUUGCACAACCAUUUUUAGCACACUUCGAAAAACUACUAUGCGAACUCUGCGGUCAACCAACGGCUGAACAUCCACGCAUUACGCACGCGCGUUAUCGCCAACAGCUAGAACGCUGCAUUGAACACAUACAAAUUUUCCUAAAUGAAUAUGCGCCCGAUAUUUUUCCAGAUACUGCAAUUUCAGCACAAAAACUACGAAAUGCACUCAAAUGUAUUGAACGUAUAACGGGACAUGUUAGUUCUGAUGACAUUUUGGAUGUGGUAUUCAAAGAUUUUUGCAUUGGCAAAUAGCAUGAGCUAAGUAGACUGAGUAGUAGUUUAGUUAUGUUUAAAUAUCGUAAGAGAAGAUACUUUGAGGACCUUCAGCUAACUUGGCUGUUUACCUGUUCCUUCUAGUAUAUUAAGUAAAAGGCUGUGCUCUUAGUUGAUUACUUAUUGUAAAUAAAUUAUUUCCUAUACGCGAUCAAGCAAGAAAUUUGUAAUAUUAGAUGAACAACAAUAUGGUUUGAGAACCAUUAAAGUAGAUAUUAUUGUUAUUCUCAUAUGAUUUGGAGAAGUUUUAACUACAUUAAAUAUUUUUUUAUUUAAUUAAUUUCUUUAUUGCAUAAAAUAAAUGGGAUAUGAAAAAAUGUCUUUCAUAAAUAUAAACAAAUCAAUAAACAGUUACAUACAAGUCUAUAAAAACAAA